CGCACGCAAACGUCCUAAGUGGCCCGGCCACAACGGACGAGGAACGCAUGGCUUCCAUGAGUGACAUCAGCAUCAUGGACGGCACUCUGGGGAAGCUUGCGCUUGCCGUUAGUGAACGCUCUAGCACGACGAAGGAGAGCUGGCUACUGAUGCUGGUUGGUGCGGGUGGUGGUGGUCUGGAAAAGGUCCCGUUGGUGAUGGCGGCGUAUGCGCGAGGAGGGCUUGUGCGUUUCGGUCCCAUAGCUGAGGAGGCAACUCUAGCCGACGUUGCCCCGACGGUACUGCACUGGUUUGGUCUUUCCUCCGCUGGUGAGGCGCAGCGUGUGCGCGGGAUGUGUUCCACAGGUGUAACUGUCACGAGCUGCGAGACCACAACGAAUUGGCCAUGA